GUAAACGUGUUGCGUAGUGGGCGGGGUUUGUUAAGCGGCAUAUAGCGCGCGUAACAUGAAACGGUUAGUUGUUGUUAGCACGUAGCAUCUUAACAACGGAGUUAGCAUAGCAUAGCAUAGCAUAGCAUAGCUUAGCAUAGCUUAGCAUAGCUUUAACUGUCGUCUGAGAAAAAGGAGUUUGAACAAGUUUGUCUGUUUGGAUAGUAGCUAGCAAAAGAUUAGCCGGCUUGCUAACUUUGACUAGGUGACAGUAAUGAGCAGGUGCUGAGGCGUCAUUAAUAACGACUUGUUCAUAGAGCGCUCUCUUCCUGCUUUACUUUCAUAUUAUUUAUUAUUUUAUUUAUAACUUUAAAGAGCGUUCUGUGAAAAUGAGCUGCACACUGGAGGAUCCCACACUUGAGAGGAACUUUAAAGGCCACAGAGACACUAUAACCAGCCUCGACUUUAACUCCAACAUGAAACAGAUCGCUACAGGCUCGUUGGACUCGUGUGUGAUGAUCUGGAACGUGAAGCCUCACACGAGGUCGUACCGGUUUGUUGGACAUAAAGACAGCGUGAUGUGUGUCCACUUCUCUCCGUCAGGACAGCUCCUCGCCUCGGCGUCCCGGGAUCGGACCGUACGCCUCUGGCUCCCCACCGUGAGAGGUGAGUCGAGUGUGUUUAAAGCUCACACAGGGACGGUGCGGAGCGUGAACUUCUGCAGCGAUGGACAGACGUUAGUCACUGCAUCAGACGAUAAAACACUGAAGGUGUGGACGGUCCAUCGGCAGAAAUUCCUCUUCUCCUUCAACCGACACAUCAACUGGGUUCGCUGUGCAAAAUUUUCUCCAGACGGGAGAUUAAUCGUCUCUGCCAGCGAUGACAAAACAGUCAAGAUCUGGGACAAGAACAGCCGAGAGUGCGUUCACUCCUUCUGCGAGCACAGCGGGUACGUGAAUUACGCUGAUUUUCACCCCAGUGGGACUUGCAUCGCUGCGGCCUGUACAGACAACACGGUUAAAGUGUGGGACAUUCGCACUCAUAAACUCCUACAGCAUUACCAAGUCCACAGUGGAGCAGUGAACUGUCUGUCCUUCCACCCGGCCGGUAAUCACCUGAUCACCGCCUCUACUGACUCCACACUGAAAAUACUCGACCUGCUGGAGGGCCGACAGUUAUACACACUGCAUGGACACCAGGGGUCGGCAUCCUGUGUAGCGUUUUCAACAACUGGAGAUCACUUCGCCUCUGGAGGCUCAGAUGAACAGGUGAUGGUUUGGAAGACGAAUUUCGAAGCUGCAGGUUACGGCGACGUGCUGAAGAAGCAGAAGACGACUAACGCUCAGGCUCCGGACGUCUCUCACAGACCACACGUGUCUCACUGCAGCUCCAGUCUAAGCGUUCAAUCGUCUCUCAGACCAGAAGCUCGCCAUGUCUCCGCCCACCCUGAGCCGGACCAAUCAGAUCACUCUGAUCAGUCUGUGUCGGACACGCCCAUCUCUCCUACGCUUACCACAACACUGCAGCACAUAGUGGGUCAGCUCGACGUCCUCACACAGACGGUGGCCAUAUUGGAACAGAGACUGACUCUGACGGAGGACAAACUGAAGGAAUGUGUGGAGAACCAGCACAAAAUUAGUCUCCAGCUCCAAAGCAGAAAUCAGUCUGAUCUCUAACAGCUCAGUUACCUCGUUUUCCUCUUUCUCACCUUUACUGAACCUGCAACUACUUUUUUAAUACAGCGAGAAAAAAAACAUUCUUCAAUACAGAACCUUCUUCAGAUCAUUAGCCGCUAGCAGUGAGAUGUUUACGUGUCUAUGGUGGCAGCAGUGACUUCUAUACCAGUUGUGUUUUAUCACAGCGUUUAUAUUUUUAUCUGUUUUACAGUUUUGUGUGUGCACUCUGUGCUGUGUGUGUGUGUGUGUGUUUUUUACAUAAAAAUUUUAUAAAUCUGGAAACUCUUAUUUCAGGAAAUGUAUAUAAACUGCAGUAAUGAUAGUGAAUGAUAAUUUUCCUGCACAGGUUUUUGUCAUUAAUAAACUGUUAGCUGGUAAGUAGCUAAGAAUGUA